UUGUCAGACUCGUGUGCAGCAGAAAACCAUAGUAGUGGAGUUCACCACAGUUCUCUGAAGAGAGCAGAGCUAUCCAACACACCUCCAGAUAGGCUACAUUUCUCUUUGGAACUGUAUCUCAGCCCUUCAACUUGAGGACUAUGGAUUUGACCUCUGGAAUAGAGAAGAUGUGGUCAGCGGCUCUAGUAGGGAAGGAUGCAACGUGUCUGUCAUGUAAAGGGAUCUGCUCUGGAUUCCUCCCACAUUCCUGGAGAAAAGCCUGUACCCAGUGUGGCUGCAGUGUGGAAGACCAUGGUCACAGCUCAGACCUAGAGGACGAUCACAAGAUGGGUCGUCUCCUCGCCGACUCCAAAUACGUCCACCUGACAGCCAAGGUGAAGGGUAUCCGGGUGUACAAACGUAACCGCAUGGUCAUCACCAACCCUGUGGUGUCCAGGAAGGACCCCACCUUUAACACCAUCACCUACGACUGGGCACCGCCAGGACUCACACAGAAACUGGCAAUGCUGUAUAUGGAGUUGCUUCCAGAAGAAAAGCGUCCUGUAGCAGGGACUGAGGGAGCGAUGUACCGGCGCAGGCAGCUGAUGAGACAGCUACCUGUCUACGAUCAGGACCCCUCCCAGUGCCACGGGCCACUACCAGAGGAUCAGCUCCAGGCCAUGUCUGUCUUCAUGAAGCGCUACAAGGAGGAGGCUCUAGGAGUAGGGGAGGUGGCUCUUCCUGGGGAGGGAGGGGCUAACCCUCCGCCCGUCGUCAAAGGAGAUAAGCAGAAGAACGGAACUGGGAAUGGGCAGGCCACCAAUGUCCAGCCAGACCCUGUUGAUACGCCUACCAUCAAUGGGACUGACUGCUGUAAAAAUGAAUAUCAAUGCAGUGGUUGCGGGGAGCUCGCCCCCCUGGACAGUCCUGUGGUCUAUGCAGAGUGGGCGGGUUAUGACAAGCAGUGGCACCCGACCUGCUUCGUGUGUUCAGAGUGUGGAGAGGCUCUGGUGGAUCUAGUGUACUACUGGAGGGAAGGAGAGCUGCUCUGUGGAAGACACUACUGCCAGAGGACCAGACCACGCUGUUCAGGAUGUGAUGAGCUGAUCUUCUGUGAGGACUACAAGAAGGGGGCAGAUGGCCGGGCGUGGCACCAGGACCAUUACUGCUGCUGGCGGUGUGGCCAGAGUCUUGACAGCCCCUGUUCCUGUCCCCAAACACCCAGCCCCGUGCCUGUUUAGGCCCUCCACCACCCAGCCGUAACCAAGACCGCUUCUGACACUUCCUGUCCCCAAACACCAAGACCAGUUUAAGACAGGCCCAAUGCUCUUUACACCAAGACUGGUUUAGACACCCUCCCUUUACCCAUCCGCCAGCAAACCCAUUACACCAGGGCUGACCAUCUUCUAGAGAUAAAAUCACAUAAUAUGUAUAUAAUAAUGAUUUAUUACAUAUCAUUCUAUGUCACUGGGCCAACCUUUCUCUCGGGGACCUACAGUACCCCUGCAGGAUUUCCAUUCAUUUCCUUAUAAACCGUUAAUAAAGUCUUCAGUGAUUA